AUGCCGGAAGUUCAAAUCGCUCAAAUUGUAGCAUCUGAAUUUAGUAAUGGUUUGCCUGACUGUUUAAUCAGUAAUCCUCAGAGAGAAGUGAAUAUGGGUGUAAAAGGUUUACAACUAUGUGCUAAUUCAAUCAUGCCAUAUUUAUUAUUUUUUGGUAACUCGAUCGCCGAUAGAUAUUCAACACAUGCUGAACAAUAUAAUCAAAAUAUUAAUUCAAUGGGUCACGGUGUUGAUUUAAGAAGCAAAUCAUUAGGUAAUACGUAUGAUGCAAGAAAUUUAUUGUCAACUAACACUAUCAAAACCUAUGAGCCAAUACGUGAAAUUAUUAAAGUACCAAUUAAUCAUGAUAAACCGUACAUAUGGAACGACAAUGAGCAAGCCUUAGAUGAAUAUAUUUCACUUGUAGCCGAUAGCUUAACAGACGAAAAUUCAUCGUUAUUUAAAGCAAUUCAAAUGACAGCUAAUCACCUACUUAUUGAUAGACAUAAAUAG